AUGCCACGAGAAGUACAAAUCGAACGCAGGCGAGUGGCGUCAAUCCUUACAGGGGGCAUCUGACAGACCGAGUUCGGUUGACGAAGGUCCAGCAGCUACCUAAUACUUACAUAGUCAAAAUUAAGGAUCCAUCAACUAAGAUAAGCUGCGAAUAGCUACGACAUUUAACUAUGUAGUACCAAAAUAUGUGGGAUAUUCAACAUGGCUUAUGAGUGUAACAUGGCUCGUAUGACGCUUAACGAUCCUGACGUCGACGAUACGUUCCCGGAGAGGCAUGUUCUCGAUCCUCCGUCUGAAUUCAAGCCACAACCAGAAACUCAAGACGAGCACGCAUAUGCAGACUUUCCCGCGAGAUAUUUACGGAGGCGGCGUAGACGACGGUCAGAGAGCAUAGAGGGUUACGAGAUGAGGGAUAGAUAUUGGGAAGCUAUGGAUAUUAUCGAACAAGAUCUCACCGAAGCAACGAAGGCACCUGCUGUUUGGGAUUACGUCUACGAUCCAGUUUGCUUGCCUCCGUCGGGAUUCGCUAAGACGCCCGACAUUCGCCGGUUUGGGAGGCUUCCAAUUCGAAGAGCGUGGAGGCGUCUUAAUAGCCGAGAACGUCCCGACCUAGGAUCGGCGCGGAUAGUUGAAGCUAUCAUGCUAUACGAGAGGGGCAUGAUGCUUUCUCGACAGUUCCAAUGCACACAUUGCCAGAAACGUCAGGGGAUAUCGCCCGGAUGCAUUGUUAUGGAUCCCGACGAAGAAGUUAAGGAACCCCUAGAGAGCCUUAGUGGGCUUAGGUCAAUAUGCAGCAACUGUCUGUACGAUGGACGACAGUGCGACGCGCAGAUAUCAUCUGGACGGAAUCAGCCUUCUAGAACGCCAACACCUAGUCAGAUUAAGAGAUCCUUCGCCUCAAAUCCAAUCCAUCUAGAGGUACUCGAGCUAGUAGACAAGAUAGUAAAGUCGAAAAGGGGGAACGGAAAAGAAGAUGCGGUUGCCCGAGCAAAGCAGAUCGAGAUAGCGGCUCUAGAAAUCGCACAGGCAGCACACGAAUGGGGUCUAGGUAUUAAGGAGAAACGUCGAAAGAAUUUAGCCCCAGCAAAUUCUACGAAUUGAACCUCUGUUUCCGUCCACGAGCAUCCCCCAGGGGGUUU